AUGGCUCUCCCUGGACCACCCUCCAUCACCGAACUCAUGAACAUGGUAAAAGCCAGCAUCAGAAAAUACCGCGCAGAACAAGCCGCACAAGCCGCGAAGCAAACCGGUGCCGGCGCCACUCCCACCAGAAAGGUAUCGUCCUUGUCGCUAGUCAAGAAGAUGGCCAGCCUUGCCUCGGAAGAAGAAGACAACAUCGAGUACACCUCCCGCACGGCGGACCAAGAAGUCGACACCGUCGCCAUCUGUCCAUCCCACCGGGACUACAUGAUCAUCGGGACGUAUUCACUUCUCAAAAAGGACGACACCUGCGCCUACACGGGCCAGACACGCCGGGGAUCUCUGCAGGUCAUGACUGUCACGCCGACAUUUAUCCCCAAAUAUGCCGGCAUGCUACCCCCCUCCUUGGACAGGGUAGAUUUUCCCUGCGCGGUGUUGGAUAUGCAUUUCCACCCUUCGGACAGCACGCUUUUGGGCGUCGCUACAAGUAACGCCGCGGUUCAUUUCUUCCGAUUCAUCAUCCACGGCGACGUGCUCGGACGGCGGGUAGUCACAAAACUCCUCCCCUUGGGAUCUGUCAUUGUCUCAGAAAAUGAUGAGCACGGUCUAGUCCCGCUAGUCACGCAGUUUACUUGGUUUCCUGAGACGCGUAAGCACGGGGUCGUGGGCAUCAGUGAUGUGACUGAUGUGGGGUUUGCGGCGACGACGAGUUUCGGCGAUACGAAAGUGGUGAGGCUUUCGGUGCCGGCUGUCAAAGAUCUCUUCGACCAGAGGGCGGAUCUACCUUUGCAGCAGCUGACGCCCAGCUUGAACGAGGCCGUGCACAAACAUGACUUGGAAGCUUGGACCGUUGCAGUCGUGGAUUUUGGCAGGGCAUCAUCGUCAUCAUCAGCAGCAGCAGGUGAAAACAGGAGCAGCAGCAGCAGCAGCAACUCCCGAAUGAUCCUCAGUGGCGGCGAUGACAGUGCCCUGAUCGCCUCUUCAAUCCCCGCAACCACCACCGCUACCUCUCCUUCAGCGCCGACUUCAGCAUCCCCAUCCUCCUACGAUACAACACCCCCUAUCGCGACACCACUAUGGAAAGACCGCCGCAGCCACGCGGCAGGAGUUGUAGCAAUCCUCCCCCUCUCCCCCGUCACCGAGGACAUGAAAUACACCAUUCCCCUCAUCACAGGGAGCUACGACGAGUUCAUCCGCGUCUUCGAGAUCGACACCACGACAUCCCGCGCCAGCUUCAAGACCGAACUCCGACUCGAUGGCGGCGUGUGGCGGCUCAAGGUAUUGGACCAGUAUUACUCUACCACUAGCAAUGAGGGAGGUCAGGUGCACCACACGCUCAUCCUCGCGUCCCUGAUGCACGCCGGCGCCGCGAUCGUCCGCAUCACCCGCCGUCUCACUCCCACUGCCGCCACAUCCGGCUCAUCAUCAUCCCCGCCUGGAGGAGACAAUACGUGGACGAUCACGCCCGUGACAGUCUUCCGAGCGGGUCAUGAGAGUAUGGUCUAUUGCUGCGACGCACGGCUCGACAGUCGUGGCAGCACACAACCCACCGACGAGGGUGGAGAGCAGGCUCAAAGAGGCAGCGGCUCAGCAGAAUGCCUCCAAGCACCGGCGUACACGAUUGUCAGCACCAGCUUCUACGACAUGAAGAUAUGUACGUGGAGGUUUGUGGAUACUUUCAAGGUUCACAGCCCGUGA